AUGAUGCCAGAGGCUGUCUCCCCGAGCGAGCGCGCAGCUGCCGCAAGCUGCCGCCAGCGGCAGUCAGUCCUUCGAAUUCGUAUACAGUUCCCAGGCUGCGCUGAGUGGAGCACGUCCACCGUGCUGGCCAGGAGGUAUUGCUGCAUGUUUGUAUGCACGGUGCGCGCCGAGUGGUGCACGUCCACCGUGCUGGCGGUGGACGUGCGCGGCGUGCGCCGAGAGUGGGCCCCGCACGCCGUGGCGACAACAUUCAUAUUCUGUGUCGUGCCAGUGCGAGCUCUGCCGUUUACCGUGGUUCAUCGCCACCCUGGACCGCGGCGCAUCGCCAUCACAUCUGACCAGGUGGGCUAG